AAUCGGCCGUCAUUUGGUACUUGGCCCGCGAAAAUUCUAUUCAGAUUUCUUCGAUUGCGCCGUUCUAUAGAGUUUCAAUCCAUUUCCUACUUCUCUUCUGAAUACAUCCAUUCCAUGGCGGACUCUAGCCUCCCUUCCCCAAGAAGAGAUUCUAUCAAGUCUUCUGAUUGAUUUCUUGCUGCUAUGUGUUCGAGUUUGAGGAAUAUUGUUGACGCUGUUCGCCGAUGACUGAAAUUGGUGCACCUGCGUUCGACAUUUGGGGGUGUUGCUGCUCAUCGAAGACGACAGCAUGCGGUUGCGGUGGGAAAGGAAAGAAGAGACUUGUUGGUGCGCGCGAAGCGCUUCUGCAGAAUUGGGAUUGGUGAUGCUGCUUCUGCUGUUGACAAUGAAAUGAUAAUGGACGAAGAGUUGUCAAUUUUGGAAGUUCAAACUUCUUCAGCAGUGGACGAGCUAAAAUCCGCAGUUGCAUACCAACUUGAAAUGGGCACCAAGGUGGGAAUUGGGAAAUCAUUCCUAAUCGUUGCUGGAAGCACAGAUAUAGGAGGAAUGAACUGAAUUGUGAAAAGGAUAUCAAUGUCUUAAAAAUUUUCUUAACAGAGCAAUUGUUUUUUUAGGAAACGAAACAUUUUAUUGAUGGAAUGAAAUAGGGGCCAAGGCCCGAGCACCCGAAGGCGAUUAUAGGAAAAGAUGCCAAUGAGAAAAUUUUAAUUUUCUUAGGAUAACGAUCCAACCAAAUACCGAAUAGACCUCCGAAGCAUGGCUAGUAUCAUUUCUUGCCAAAUCAUCGCUAAGAGAUUUGACCAAGAAAGAGGAAGAAGGGUCGAUAGUCUAAAUCCAGGAGGCAGAUACCUCAUGAAAAGAAACAGACUGUAAAUGCUGUGAUAAAGCCAUCCGUUCAACAAUUUCAGAAUCAGUGAGAUUACGACGAAGACACAAAUCCCAAGCAGCAGCAUCCUCAACCCAAACACCAGCCACCUUGAUAUUCGGAAAACAAGCCAAACAAAAGAGGUGAGGGAAAACGCUUGGGGAAAUACCACAGUUAAGCCAGGGAGCCUUCCAAAAAGAGAUAGAUUUACCAUUACCAAGAUGAUGACGAGUGCGGCUAGGCUGGCUACCAAAUCUGUAGUCUGACAAAUGAACUUCGACGGAGAUUUUGAUGAACCCCGAAUAGAUGAGUUGUCUCCACAGGGCAUUAGAAUCAUGCAAAAACCACUAGAUCCAUUUGGCAAGAAGGGCAUGAUAAACAUGAUAAUUACCCAUACCCAAACCGCCAAUCAGACAAGCAUGCUAUGUAGUCUCCCAAUUUUCAUUAUGCAUACCAUCCUUGCCUUGAGCAAUGAAGCACCAUCCCAGAAGAAAUCACGAAUCAACUUCUCCAAAGAUUGGAUAACACCAAAAGGAGCAUGAUAAAGAGAUAAAUAAUAUGUAGGCAAGCACGAGAGAGAAGCCCAAAUCAGCAUAUGAUGACACCCAUUAGAUACACAGGCAUAUUUCCAAUUGUGAAGCUUAUGAUGUAUGCGCUCAAUAACUGGCUGCCAAAAAGCAUAAGAUGUAGAGUUACCACCUAAAGGCAAGCCAAGGUAAGUAGAGGGCCAAUGACCAAACCACAACGAAAGGAGCACGCCAAAUGUUGUUCUUUUGUCUUUAUCAUGCUCCUUCUGCUGUUAUCCAGAAGAGCAAUGGGGAAAAGGUGCAAUGCAGAAGAGAAUUCACGCCCUUCGAGAACUAAGACGCCUGUUAUCUCGAUCAGAAUUCCCUCCAGUUGAAACUGCUCUUAAAGCGGGAGCGGUAUCCUUGUUGGUGCAGUGUCUUUCAUUUGGUUCCCCUGAUGAACAGUUGCUUGAGGCGGCUUGGUGCUUAACGAACAUUGGGGCUGGGAACCCUGAAGAGACCAAAUCUUUGUUGCCAGCAAUACCAUUGCUUAUUGCUCAUCUUGGAGAAAGAAGUUCACUGCUUGUUGCAGAGCAGUGUGCAUGGGCAUUAGGAAAUGUUGCUGGUGAAGAAAAGGAGUUGAGGGAUAUUCUGCUUUCGCAAGGUGCUUUAUUACCUCUUGCCAGAAUGCUGCUACCAAACAAAGGUUCAUCCGUUAAAACAGCUGCUUGGGCACUAUCCAACUUAAUCAAGGGACCAGAUUCCAAGGCUGCUACAGAACUAAUUAGAAUCGAUGGGGUGUUGGAUGCCAUUAUUAGACACUUAAAAAAAGCGGAUGAUGAGUUGGCAACUGAAGUUGCCUGGGUAAUUGUGUAUCUGUCAGCACUCUCAGAUGUUGCUAUCAGUAUAUUGGUGAAGAGUGAUGUUGUCCAACUACUUGUGGAAAGAUUAUCAACGUCAAAUAGUUUGCAAUUGCUUAUUCCGGUGCUUCGAAGUUUAGGGAACCUUGUGGCAGUGGAUUCACAUACAAUUUCUGCUAUUCUCAUUCCUGGAAGUGAAAUUACAGGUAGUGUUGUAGAAGUCCUGAUAAAAUGCUUAAAAAGCGAGCACCGAGUUUUAAAGAAGGAGGCAUCUUGGGUACUGUCUAACAUUGCUGCUGGUUCCAUGGAGCACAAGCAAUUGAUAUACACCAGUGAUGCUGUACCCUUAUUGAUUAGACUUCUUUCAUCGGCACCAUUUGAUGUACGAAAGGAAGUAGCAUAUGUAUUGGGAAAUCUCUGUGUUGCGCCUAAUGAUAGUGACGGAAAAGCAAAACUUCUAGUUGAAAACUUGGUUUCACUUGUUGGCAGAGGAUGCCUUGUGGGUUUCAUUGACUUGGUAAGAUCUGUCGAUACAGAGGCUGCAAGGCUAGGAUUUCAAUUCUUGGAGAUGGUAUUGCGAGGAAUGCCAAACGGGGAGGGUCCAAGGCUCGUUGAGCGAGAGGACGGGAUAGAAGCAAUGGAAAGAUUUCAGUUUCAUGAAAAUGAAGAGUUGAGAAACAUGGCAAAUUGUCUGGUCGAUAAGUAUUUCGGUGAGGACUAUGGUCUCGACGAGUAGACAGUCGAGGCUUACUUAAGCUCUCACAGUUUUCACAAUCAAAAUUGCAUAGCUCUGUCGGCGUUGCACUCAAGUCUACUAGAUGCUUUAUGAAAUUCAGCAUCCAUGGAGAAAGGUAGAGUUGAGCUUUCGGAAUUAUCUUUGUUUAUUUGCAACUUUCCAGAUGAGUUUGAUCAGAGCCUAUCUUAAUUAUGCUGUAAUAUCUCGCACACGUCUUUACUAUUAAGGAAAAUGCAUUGCAAAAUUGGAUAAA